AUGCAAUUUAAAGUAGACUCUACUCCAGCUAUUGUAAUUUUGAAAUAUCAUAUACUGAAAGAGAUAAUAUUCAAGUUAUCAAGAUUAAACAGAGAUACUCGAUAAUUUAUUCAGGAGGAGUUUAAAUAUAUCAGACCAGAUAGACUAAUUACUUUACGAUUUGACUUUUAUAACUUGAGACCUAAACCUAGAAAGAUAAUUUGGAUUGCUGCUUGCAUGAAUAUAGUGACACUUAUUAUUGUGAAUGGAAUAGAUUUUGAUUACAUCUUAAGUAUAUUAAAACAAUUUAGACCAGAUAUUACAUUAAAUAUUGAGCUAGAGUCUUUCAACGAUGAAGAUAUGAAUGCUGAGAAGUUUAUGGAGCUUAUUGGAUAUUAUAAAAUAAAUGAAGUUUCAAUUGUUAAAAGUACCAUUGUUUUGAAGUCUAGUGCAAAUUACUUGCUUGGACCAGCAAAUACUUUCAGGGCAGUAAACUCAGCUUUUAGAUUUAGCAGGUUUGAUCAAAUUUUGUCAUGCUAAAACCUAAAACUUGAAAAUUGUAAAUUGACAAUUAAGAUAAAUUGUGAAAAGCUAUUUGCCAAUGUUAGAAGAGCAUAUUUGGCUAAUACCAGCAUUAAAGAUAAUUAUUUAAGUUUAUUUACUGAUGCACUUUAGGAAUUGGUCAUUAAAAAGAAUGUGGUUAAUAGUGGUUAAGCUUUGAAGCAAGAUUUACUCAAGAAGGUAAUGUAGGAAAAUAAACCCUUUUAUAAGAGCCUAAAGUUCCUCUCACUAUAUGGUCAUAUUUCAGAAGAAUCCUUAUUAACUCUACUUCAUCAUCAAUCAAUAUUUCCAAGUCUUGAAGUUAUAAAAAUACAUUGUGAUCAGCUAUUGUUGAGUUUAAGUAAAAUUAAAAUGAGAAUGAAAUUACAUAAUUUGAAAAAGCUUGAUUUGAGGGGGUGCUUAGUGAAAGCUGAUGUUAAUGGUUAGAAUGUACUGAAUGUUCCAGGGGCUAAUAUUGGUAUUCAGAGAAAAGGUGUGAGAAUGGGUAAUCUAUCAGCUAUGAUUAAACAUAAUCAGUAGCUUAAAACCAUUAAAAAGAAAGCCUUAGGGAAAAAUUAUCAUAGGGUAGCUUGGUAAGACUCACCUGACACAAGCGAUGAAGAGAAAAAAGCUAGAAAGUUUGAGUAGUCUAGCUAAGAAAGUGACAUGAGUGAUGAAUUGGAAAGAGCUAGAAAGAACUAUCAAAAAAGAAUGAAGGGACAAGAAAGAUAUAAUCAGAAAAAUGGCUUCAAUUUUGAGAAAAAUCUAUUCUUUUGA